GAAACAACUACAAAAUUGAAAAGCGCAGCAAACUGAAGCCGAGCAGCAAAAUUAAAUUUCUCUUCUAUUUGUACAAUUUUUUAAACAAAACUAUAUCAAAUUUCGUUAUUUAUUCAAUAAAGUGUGACCACCAAUUGUGAGUAGUGAUAUAAAAGUAUAAAUGACGCGCCUGUAACGAAAAAUCCUGAAAAUCAGCUGACUCUUCUCGAGCCGCCAACGAUCCGUCCGCCCAGCCUCCAAAACAAUGUCCUUCUCCGCCAAACUGGACGCACUGCGGAGGGGUUUCUCCGAGGAGGCCACCGCGGCCAAAACGCUGCCCGCGCUGCGGGACCUGUUGGGUACCAUUCCGAAGCAGCUGGACCGCGAGAAGACGGCCGUUUACAUGUUCAAGGAGGUGCUGAACGUUUACGCGGAACUGGAUGACCGGGACGUGGGUUUGCGGGACGUGCUGCUGGAAGCGCUGGAGUAUUUGGUGGGAUUGUGCGCGGAUGCGGACGACGGCAUUCGGGUGCACUUUCUGGUGCGCACGUACAACGCGAUGGUCAAGUUUAACGGCAGUGAGAACAACCGACUCAUGAUUGUGCAGUGCUGUGACCUCGUGACAAAGUGUCCCGUGAAGGAGGACCAAAUGGAUCUGCUGCAGAGACUCUGCAAGGUCGUCCUGAGGGCAGUUUGGGAUUUGAAGGCUGUAAAAGUGUCGACGGAAGGAGCGCUGGAUUUCAUCUGCGCGACCAGCAUGAAACUUGUGGAGCACUGGUCGGAAUCGGAUUCGGUGGAAGUUCGUGCCAAGGCGAUCGCCAUCUUCCACGACGUGUUUGGCAACGCGACGGCGGUGCUCUAUCGGUUGUUCAAUCUGGACGAAUCGCGUGCGGUUGAUUAUUUCCGGAAGUUGGUGCAUCUUUUCCGAAGCAAAGGAAAGUUCUCCGAACGGGAGCUGAUUGAGCUGCUGCAGCAAAGUUUGCCAUAUCUGGAGAACGUUUUAAGUCUCGGCGAUGCCUCCAAGUCGUACUUGCAGUUUGCCUCCUUCAUAAAUAUUUUCGAGAGGAUUAUUGAUGCGCCGACGAGGAAGUCUUGGACUGUGCUGCGAGAUUAUCUGAACUUUCAAAACAGUCCCGUACCCGAUGAAAGCAAGCUCGUAAAUUUGUCGACCAUGCUGAAAGAACUGAGCGCCACUUCCGCCUCCGACCCUUUGCUGGUGGACAUUGUUAUUUUCGUAACGUUGCAGCUCCGAAUCCAUCUGGAACAGUUGAAGCUGCAAGCACUGACGAUCGUCCGGCCGGUCAUAGAUCUGUGCAAAUCUCUGACGAAAUUCUGCAAGUACUGCCCGAGAAGCGUCGCGCACAUCUGCGGCCGUUGCGCCAGCUCGAGUCGACACUUGGUAGAUUACAUCUCCACGAUGGUGGUUCAGCUGGCGACGAUGCUGUCGAAGGCCGGCCACAAGAUCGAUGCCGAGUUGGUGGUGUUGGUGAAUGGCUUCCUGAAGCACAAGCUGCUAACGCUGGACGAUUUGAGCUGUGAUAAAAAGCAGUCCCUGCUGUAUUCCGCGCUGCGAUUUGUGUUGAAUUGGGCACGCGUCGGAUUCCAGCUGGUCAACGGGAGGGACAUGUUGGAGCUGACAAGGAUGGUGAUUGAUUUCAAGUAUCGGUACGGGUUCGAUUUUCUGACGCCGGUCUACAUGGUUCGUCUGUUGGAGAGUUGCUUCAAGAGCUGUGGAACCAUUUGGGAGAUCAUCAAUGUUAAGUUGAUCAAACUGCUGUUGAUGUUGCGUGAUGAUUCCGGCACGAAAGAGGUCGAUGAAGUGAUUUAUUCGAUAAUGAGCCAUCAAAUUGGAGGCAAGGACGAGAAACUUCGUGAGCAGAACAUUGUGCAGCUGCUGGAGCGUUCAGAUUUGGAACUGUACGGCUAUCCCAUAAGUCCAACGCUGAAUCAACAGGAAAAGAUCACCGUACUUUUGCUUGAGAUGAACUGGGCGUCUCGAUACAAGACCAGCUCUCUUUUGGACUACUUUGAACGACUGCAGAAGCUCAACGCAGAUCCAGCGCAGCUGGGAAUGACGCUGUACCUGUUCCAGGACGGAAACAUCGCCCAAGUAUCCGACGAAACCAAGGAGAGUCUCAAGGUGAAACUACAGAACGCGCGACCCAAAGCAGCGAUCGAAAAAAUCCGACGACACGGUUCGCUCGGCUUGUUGAGCUACUACGAAUUCAUCGCAACUUCCAAAGCGAUCGCUUCUAAGCUGAAAGAUUGCCAGUUCAACAGGGACACGCUGAAAAACGACCAAAUCAACGACAUCCUACGGGAAAACACGAUGGAGCAGGAAAUGGUGCUGCUUUCGCAGCUCGAACAGACUUAUCUCAACUACCGGGACAUGACUGCGACGCUGGCGGAAACCUCGUUCGAGCACUUUGGUCUGAUCUACUCGCUCAAACAGAUUUCGUCCAUGUUGUACAACACCUGCCGCUUCUACCAGAUUUCCUACUAUCCAAGACGAGGCGUUGAACUCCAGCUGCUAAACUACGUCCUGCUCUGCCAAAAGCCCGACCGAAUCCUGGAUCUCUGCUGCCCGUUGGGAUUCCUCCUCGAGUACCACCAAAUCUACGACAAGCUACAACAAGAACCGUUCUAUCAAAAAUCGUGGGUUCCAUCCCUCAAACAACUGGCACGAAAGGCCAAAGAAAUCAUCAGUUCCGCUGACGACACCUCCAUCUCCAAAGCGUCAGAAACCCUCAAAUACAACUUCAUGAACCUCCACCUCAGCCUAGCACUGUACGAAGCGUCAACCGACAACCUCCCAGCGUCAAUCAACCACCUCCACACCCUCAACACCCUCCUCCAAAAUCACCCCGACUCCACCACCGUCUCCGUCAUCCGCGGCCGAAUCUACCACGUAAUGUUCCGCCUGGUAACAAUCUAUAAACUCCCCUCGCCCCGUGGCAUCUCCGAGCGCGUCUACAUCCGCCUCAUGCUGGAGCACUACAACGAGAUUCAGAAGCUCCCAACCGAUUACGCGUUUGUCGUGCCGACCAGCACGCUCGAGAUGACGCUGGACACGUUGCGGUAUCUGAUGAUGCGCUACGACACCGACCGGAUCGAGGCCCACGUCGAGCAGAUUUUGCGCUUUGCGAUGCGGCGCGGAGCGGGGCUGAGGGCCAUGCAGGUGCUGACGAUGUACGCGGUGUUGAACGCCGACGGGGAGAAGACUACGAAAAGCAGGAUGCUGCUCACCUUCCUGGACCGGCUGCUGAUGUUCCGUCCGAUAACCACCGAUAGCAAGGACUCUUCAAAAGGCCAAUUUGGCGACUGCCUCGAAGUUCCUCAGCUAUCGCUGAGUGAAACUCCCAACGGCGUGGACCCAACUCGCAAGGCUGUAAAAUACGUCAAGUCGCCUCAAAAACGAAGCCCCUCGCCGAACCUGUUCCCCGAGCAGUCAAUCGAUUGGCGCCAGUACCUGGUGCACCACCACUCCGGCUGCAGCUGCCAGUUUUGUCGCUGGCCACAGUACAAGUGUGCGGCUCUGCUGGCGCUGGCAGGUUACGCACGGGUUGCAUUCCUCAGCGACAACCACGAACAGUGUCACCAGCUGUACAGUGCCCUGUCGGAGUUUUGGACGCAGCGGAGCGAUGGAUUAAAAGCUGCCGGUGAGUUGCUGGGGCAGAUGGAGGAAUUUCUGACGAUGAUGGCACGGGUUUUCAUGAACUACGGACAGCUGCUGAUGAAACAUGGCCAGCCGGAUAACGCUCGUCGUGAGCUGAGGAAGAGUUUGGAGAUGGUGCGGGAGAUUGGCGGUGGGGUUGACCCGGGGCUCGUUCAGGACAUUGAAAUGAACCUGCAGGCGUUGGAGGAUGGUUCCAAGUACGGCGGGAAGAGCAAACCGAGUGGGGCGGCGAGUUUUGCGGAGUUUAUCAAACAAAAUGCGCAUUUGGAGCCGGUUCCAGCGGUACGGACAAACAAGUUCCUGCUGAAGACUCCGAAGGUGGGUCCAAGUCGAGUCAUUCCCAAAACGGCCAGCCGGGCAGAUGAUCUUCUGAAGCAGGUGGCGCGCAAGCGGCUUAAAACGACCCUCGCAGAAAAUAAUCACAGCCACGAGACGGAGCUGAUAAGUGCCAUGACCGGACUGUCGUGUGGGUCCGAACGGAGGCUCAAAACUACGGUUAGCAUAUUUGUAGACUCGCCGGAAAAACCUAGUGCAAGUGGUCGGCUGCAACCCGGCAAGAAGAAGCUGUUCUGCAAGGAAACGUACUCCGCCGAGCAGGAUGAAACAUCCCCCAAAAAGCCAUCCCGAGGAAGAAACAUCGUCGGUGAAACUCCCGCUGCGGCCCCGAAACCAACCCGCAAGAAAAGACUGCCAUUAAGUCCCACGCUCCACGCGUCCUCAUCCACCGAAUCCUUCAAGGACGCCCUCGUCAACGGAUUGCAGUGCAGUACGCCAAAGGCCACCUCGGUAACAACCAGAACCAAAGCCGGCCGCACCACCAGCAAAAAGUCCAAACCAACCAUCGAAUACCCCAAGCUAGCUCGCGCCAAGUCCAAAUCCCCCAAGCAAAACCACUCGUUCAACAGUUCCUUCCGUGACGUUUUGCUCAAGUCCAUUACGGAGAGCGCCAAGCAGCGACCUGCCGCCGCAGCCGCCGCCGAUUCCAGCGUCAUAGUGCUAGACGAUUCAGACGACGUCAUCAACACCAGCAUCGCGGAAAACACCUCCAUCAGCCACAACUGCGGCGGCGUCCUGUCCCUCAAAAAGUACUCGGACCGCAAGGUGUACGGAAGCACGCGGAAGAAGAUCCCCGCCAAAACGCGCCUCCAGUUUGAUAGCUCGGUGGUGGACAUUACGACGCCGGUCAGCUCUCCGGCGGUGACGCCGGCAAGUGGUAGCGGUGGUAACAGUGCUGAAGCCGUUCAGGUCGUGAAAAGAACAAGGGGUCGACCGAGGGUGGUGAAGACGACGGAGGUCACUCCGGAGUUGGGGGAAGCGGCGGUGACGGGUAAAGUUACGAGGACCACCCGGAAGGUAAGGGGGAAGGCGGGAGCGAUUUGAUGGAGAGCGGGUUUGCUGUCGCAGGUACUGUAAACGAUUGGUAUCACACACUAUUUUUUUCGUUUUUAUUUAUGAAUCUUUUUUUUAACAUUUUUAAACUUAGCAAUAAAUUUAAUGAAUACUAUUUUGUAGCCAUUGUUCCAAAUAAUAGUUGUCUCAAUUGUUUAUGAAAUAUGAAAA